GUGGCAAUCACACGCUGAUUCUUUUCGACUAAUCACAAAGACAUUGGCACCCUGUAUCUAGUAUUUGGUGCCUGAGCCGGGAUAGUGGGCACAGCUCUGAGCCUUUUAAUCCGUGCCGAACUUAGUCAACCGGGUGCUCUCCUGGGUGAUGACCAGAUCUACAAUGUAAUUGUUACAGCUCAUGCCUUUGUAAUAAUUUUCUUUAUAGUAAUACCUGUCAUGAUUGGAGGAUUUGGAAACUGACUAGUACCUCUAAUGAUUGGAGCCCCCGACAUGGCCUUUCCUCGAAUAAAUAACAUGAGCUUUUGACUACUCCCUCCCUCAUUCCUUCUUCUCCUUGCAUCUUCAGGGGUAGAAGCUGGAGCAGGAACUGGAUGAACAGUAUAUCCCCCACUUGCAGGAAACCUAGCCCACGCAGGUGCUUCUGUAGACCUCACUAUUUUCUCCCUCCACUUAGCUGGAGUUUCUUCAAUUCUUGGAGCCAUCAACUUUAUUACAACAAUUUUAAACAUAAAACCCCCUGCUAUUUCACAAUACCAAACUCCCCUAUUUGUAUGAGCUGUCCUGAUUACAGCUGUACUUCUACUUCUAUCCUUACCAGUACUAGCUGCUGGCAUUACAAUGCUUUUAACAGACCGAAACUUAAACACAACCUUCUUUGAUCCUGCAGGAGGAGGAGACCCCAUUCUCUACCAACACCUGUUCUGAUUCUUUGGGCAUCCAGAAGUAUACAUUCUUAUCCUCCCAGGCUUUGGCAUGAUCUCCCACAUUGUUGCCUAUUAUGCAGGUAAAAAAGAACCAUUUGGCUAUAUGGGCAUAGUGUGGGCUAUAAUGGCCAUUGGACUACUAGGAUUCAUUGUCUGAGCCCACCAUAUGUUUACUGUUGGAAUGGAUGUUGAUACACGAGCAUACUUCACCUCUGCUACAAUAAUUAUCGCCAUCCCAACAGGGGUAAAAGUAUUUAGCUGACUAGCAACCUUACAUGGGGGUGCAAUCAAAUGAGAGACUCCACUUCUUUGGUCCCUGGGGUUUAUUUUCCUGUUUACUGUAGGAGGCCUCACAGGCAUCGUGCUAGCUAAUUCUUCACUAGACAUCAUACUACACGAUACUUAUUAUGUAGUAGCCCACUUCCACUAUGUACUAUCCAUGGGGGCCGUCUUUGCCAUCAUAGCCGGCUUUGUUCACUGAUUCCCCCUUCUUUCAGGCUACACUCUUCAUGACACAUGAUCAAAAAUCCACUUUGGUGUAAUAUUUGUAGGAGUAAACCUGACUUUCUUCCCCCAACACUUCCUCGGCCUGGCUGGAAUGCCCCGACGAUACUCUGACUACCCAGAUGCCUACACACUAUGAAACACAGUCUCUUCCCUAGGCUCCCUAAUCUCCCUAACUGCUGUUAUUUUAUUCUUGUUUAUCAUCUGAGAAGCUUUUGCUGCUAAACGAGUAGUCUCUUCUGUUGAACUAACAGCAACAAAUAUUGAAUGAAUGCAUGGCUGCCCACCUCCUUACCACACAUUUGAAGAACCUGCAUUUGUUCAAGUUCAAGCCAACCACUAA